GCCAGAUUUAACUGUGCUUAGAAUUAGGAUGGUGCUCUCUACAGCUAUCACUAAAUCAUGUUUACGUUGAAGGGACUUGUUAUUUGGAACAUAUUUUCUGCUGGUGUUCUUUUUAUGAGUUUUCCUAUUGAAAUACGCAGCUCUCUACAGGGUGAAGAAGUUUCUCAAUGGGCAGAAGCACUAGGAAAAGACCUAUGGACUUUGGGGCAAGCCAUUACUAGAUUUUCAGAAAUAAAACAUAAAUAUACGUUUCUAAAUGCUAAAAUACAGAAGAAAGAUCCAGAAGCGUUACUAGCUGAAAUCAAAGCAAACAUGUCUAUUAUGAUAAACGCGAAAAUAAAUGCUAUUCAGAGCAUUCAGAAGAAAGCUGAAAAAUAUGCUGAACAUCCAGUUGUGGAUAUUUCAAGUAAUUAUAGCUACUACAGCUCCAAAUAUUCACCUAUACAAGAUGAGAAGAUAGAUUUACCAGGGAAAUUACAAAACAACAGUUAUAUGUACAAAAAUAUGACUGUCAACAAUGAUACACAUUUCUAUAAUCUUGCAGUCAACACAAAUUAUAGCUCAGUACAUGUUCCAAUAAACGUUUAUGAUCUAGAAGUACCUGCAGCUUCUGCAAUUCAGUGGUCAGAAUCUCUAGAUGCCACUUUCAAGGAAAAUUAUCGUUUGGACCCAGCAUUGUCCUGGCAGUAUUUUGGGAGUGCAACAGGAAUCAUGAGACAUUAUCCAGCAUGGCGGUGGCCCGAAAAAAAGGCCAAAACUAACAAGGAAUUGUUAUUAUUUGACUGCCGAAUAAGAACCUGGUUUAUAGAAGCUGCUACAUGCACUAAAGAUGUUGUGAUUUUGAUAGAUAAUUCUGGCUCAAUGACUGGAAUGGGUCACCACAUUGGUUCUCUGACGGCUUUCUCAAUUUUGGAUACAUUCUCAAAUAACGAUUAUGUGAAUGUUCUCAACUACUCUUCAACAACAAAUUACACGAUCCCUUGUUUUGAGAAUAUGUUAGUACAAGCUACCGAAGAAAACAUUAUUGUUUUUAAGGAAGCUAUAAAUAAUUUGAAACCAGAUGGGAAAACUCAUGUUGGUCAAGCACUAGGAGUAGCUUUCGAAUUACUUGAGAAGUACAGAGUUGCAAGAGGUUGUAGCGGAAAUAGUAGUAAUUGCAAUCAGGCUAUCAUGGUCAUAACAGAUGGAGUAAGUGGCAAUAUGAGUGAUAUUAUAAUGAAAUACAAUUAUCUGAACAACGGCUCUAAUAUACCAGUUCGAAUAUUCACCUAUCUUGUGGGGAAGGAGUCUACAAAUGUUGAAGAAAUCAAGUGGAUGUCAUGUGCCAAUAGAGGUUAUUAUACACCAGUUCAGAGUUUAGAACAAGUGACGGCUUCUGUAUAUCAGUACAUCAGUGUUAUAGCUCGACCUUUAGUUUUGCAAGCAACUGAUCAUCCUGUAUCUUGGACACAUGCAUAUGCGGAUUUAACAUAUGAUGAUAAAACCGACAAUACAAUAAAUGAACCAUACAGACUACUAAGCUCAGUUGCAAUACCUUGUUAUGACACAAAAAUCAAUAAAAUGAACGAUACCAGAACAGCAUACUUACUUGGAGUUGCAGGGACAGAUGUGCCCUUAGACGAAUUUCAAAGAGUAACAGUGCCUUAUAAAAUUGGAGUCAACGGCUAUGCUUUCAUUGUCAGUAACAAUGGAUAUGUGCUUAUGCAUCCAGAUUUGAGACCUGUGUUUGAAGGUGUUCUUAAAGACAACUAUAACAGCGUGGAUUUGAGUCAAGUCGAACAACAUUCAUCCAAUGAAGAACCAAGAGAGUUGACUGAGAGUGUUGAAAAUUUGAGAAAAGCAUUAGUAGAUGGUGAAGAUGGCAGUAUGCUCGGUAUAAAGUUAUGUUACCACUACGAUGAUAUGAAAAGAGUUUUUGAAGCAACUUAUGAUUACUAUUAUACUGCUAUCGAAAAUACUCCAUUUUCAGUGGGUAUUGCUAUACCUCAUAAAUAUGGCAAUUAUAGUUUGGAUGUUGGAGAUGAAAUUUUGAGAAACCAACACACUGGAGAGAUCUUGACUUCGUUUUUCACUGGAAAUUGGAAGAUACAUCCAAAAUGGGUUUACUGUAAGUAUCACUACUUAGAAGGUCAUGAAUUCGACACUCCAGAAGCGGAACUUCUCGAGUUCCUGAAAAUGAUGUACAAUAGAAACUUCAAAUGGAAGAGUCAGUAUGAAAAUCAUGGAAAAAAGUCAUUAGAACAGAAUGACUAUUACUGUGAUAUGCAUUUAGUUCAGAGAUUAAUUUUCGAUGCAAGGAAUACUCAUGAAUCUUUCAAUGAAACAUGGAAAUUCAAGCCUAGGGAACUACCGCUUUUUCAGCGUUAUGAUGCCUCCUUAAGGUUUGUAGCAACAAUGAGUGGUUUAACUAGAUGGGAGUAUAUAAAACUAGGAGACGAUAAAAGCAAAAUAAAAAAGGUUUUUGGGGACCUACAUCCAAAAGCAAUAAAUGAGAAGUGGUAUAAGAGUGCGGUACUCCAGCACCAGUACGAUGGUGAAUCGUUUGUUUAUUCAGUACCAUUUGAUUCAGCAUAUAGAGCAAACCCAUUGGUUACUGGAAGUUAUGCUAUUUUUCCAUCAGAUGGAGGUAAAGAAGCUCCUGGUUCUGUUGUUGGCUAUCAAUUUUCCCAGAAAAAACUUCAAACUAGAUUCAAAGAAAUAACCAAUAAAUUAUCAAACCAAUGUUCACAUUGUAGUAGAUGCAAUGAUUCCCUAGACUGUUAUGUGGUGGAUAGUUCAGGCUACAUAAUAGUUUCUGCAAGUAAUACUGAUACUGGAAGGUUUUUUGGGGAAGCUGAAGGGGACAUAUUUCAGUCUAUGGUCGAAGAAAAACUAUUUAAACAAAUAACUUUGUAUGAUUAUCAAGCCUUGUGUGAAGUUGUCGUCAAUUCAAAUUCGUCUAGUACAUCCAAUUUGAUAAUGAAACCAAUCAAAAGUACUUUCAAUUGGGUUGUAUCAAACAUAAUAGAAAUUCUUUCUGAUAUGAGUGGAUUUUUACUUCGAAUAAUGUCUGGAAACUCCACUGGUGAGACCAUGGAGGAAAUACCAUUGUCAAAAGACUACUAUGCUUGUGAAAAAAAACUAGAUCUAUUUGUUCUUCAACAAGAACUUUUUAUUAAGGGAUCCUAUUAUGGGGAAAUUCCUUAUGAAAGGAAUUAUUAUGUCAAGCGAAUACGAAACACUAAUUUGAUCUUGGUUGCAAUCAACAAUACCAAAAUCAAAUAUGAGAAUGUGGUGAUAUCGACAAAUCCUGUAGCAAUAACUGUUCAAGCAAGAUACGAAAGUGAUACUAUCAAUACAACAUUACUACCUUGUCAAAAAAGAAAUCUGAAUAAUCUGGAAAGGCGUAGACUCAAGGGUUGUUAUAAUGAACAUCCAUUGGAACAUGAAAUCAUAGACUGUGGCAGAGCAAUACCAUUGAAGGUGAACAUUGCCCUUUUACUAUCGUCUAUAGUCCUGAGGUAUUUAUAAAGCACAUAAGUACAUAAAAAGUAUAUUAAAAAUUUUUGAAAUGGUGUUCGAAUUUUUGUUCACUUUGCUUAUUUAUCUUACUACACGCGGUAUCCACUCCUGAUGUCAUUGAUGGUGGUCCACAGCUGAAAACACCAAUUCUCUUGGACUAAAAAAAGCAAAUUGUUAACUUCGAAUCAUGUUACUAUGGCAAAUAAUACCGACCGAUUGGUGAAUGACUUGUACAGUUUUGAAAAACUGCGCGAAAGCUGGUCUACCAAAAUGGGUAACGGCUCUAAGAUUUGUGAACAACGACUUAUGUGAUACCCUUUGGUAGUGCCUUUCACAAAUGUAUAAUAGGAUUGUCCUAAGAUCGAAUUUCUCGUAAAAUUGUGUGAUGAAGAUAUGACAGCUCACAAAUUGCUUUUCAUCUUUAUUUUCCACAUCCCUUAUAAUGUCGAUCAGCCAUUCAAAUUGUUUUUGAGUUC